UACUUUAGCAGCUAAACAUAAACUCUUUCUUUUUAUUUCCCCCUACUCUAAUAUUUCUUUUUUUUUCUUCGGCUUUUAUUUUUAUUUUCCUAUUUUGCCCGGCCUUUUUUCAAAAUCUCGUCGAUUAAUUCGUACGUUCGCCUCGAUUGAACAUUCCGGCGCCGCCAAUUUUGAUUUUCUUGAGUUUCUUCUACACACUUCAGAUCCGUUUAAGCUCCAUCAGGGCUAGUUUGCUUCAAUUUGUUGUAACUUGAGGGUUGUUGAAAAGAAAAACAAAGGUGUUAUCUGGGUGCCCCAGAUGAGAAGAACUCAUGUUAUUGACAGUAGAAGGAGGAGGGUUCUUCAGUUCUUCAGUGUCUGGGUAUAGCAAGGGCUUGGCCCUUCUUCUCUUGGGUCAGAAACACGAGGACAAGCCCAUGAGAGUUUCGCCGUGGAAUCAUUACCAGUUGGUGGACCAAGAAUCUGAACCUGACCUGAAUCAACUGGCUUCCAUCAAGAACCGGCUCUCCCGCGGGUGCACCUCUUUUGUCUGCUUUGGUCGCACUUCCGCUGGACUUGAUGCCGCAUCAGCUUUGAAAGUUGGCCCCGUUCAACAGCAGGAUGUCUUGCCAGAACUUCAUGUUUUGGAUAAAACUAAUGAUCAUGCAAAUCAACUUGAUGAUGGAAAUAGUAAUGUAAGAGAGAUUGCCCUUAAAAGUAGUUUGAAGAAGCGACCAAUCAGUACUCUCAUUCCUGUUGAGGAUGUUAAUGACCAUGAGGCAUCAGGGGAAAAGGAUGGUGAUAUCCCUAGUCAUCCAGAACGAAGAAAGGUACAGUGGACAGAUGCUCAUGGUAGUGAGCUAGCCGAAAUCAGGGAAUUUGAGCCCAGUGAAACAGGUGGAUCGGACGAUGAAUUCGAUAAUGGAAGUGAAAGAAGUUGUUCGUGUACAAUUAUGUAGUUUGGGUCAUAUCUUGAGUUGAAUGAUGCAUAUUGUCAGGUAAAAGAGGUUAAUCUUGGAAAUGUUCAAUUGAAUUUUGGGCAAAGAAGAAGCAAAAUGUUUUUUUUUUUUUUUAAUUGUAGAAAAGGAGCUGUCUUUCUGGGCCACCUUAGUUGGAUUGAUAUUUUUGUGUCUAUAUUUAAAUAUUUAAUAAUUUGAUGUUUCAUUUUUAUCA